CAGCGGUGUUGGGGGUGGAGCAAGAGAAGCUGCAGAGAGCUGGGAUCCUGAGGGCAGAGCUGCGGGUGGUUCGGGUUGGCGCUACGCGGCGCACUGAGCUGGCUCUGCAGCAGGUGAGCGGGCGAGCCAGACCAAUGGCGGUGACUGCGGCCCUGUCAGCUGCUGCAGCCGCGGCGGCCCUGUCUGGCCUGGUGUUGCGACUGUCGCGUUGGGCGGCGACACAUGGCUCCUACAGCGCCUUCUGCAAGGGGCUCACACGCACACUGCUCACCUUCUUCGACCUGGCCUGGCGGCUGCGCGUGAACUUCCCCUACUUCUACAUGGUGGCCUCGGUGAUGCUCAACGUCCGCCUGCAGGUGCGGAUCGAGUGAGCAGACCCGCCACCGCAGCGGCCCCUCGGGUGGAGAGUGCCAUCCUCGCCAUCCGCGCCCGGCAGCUGCAGGAAGGACGGUGGUGCCGCGCAGUGCCGCGCAGUGCCCCGCAACUGUGGCGGGCUGGGGGACGCAGGUGGCACGGCCCAGGCCCCUCCAUUUUAGGUCUCUGCGCAGGACCCAAGGAACGGCAUCCCAUACCGCAAAACCCUUCACAGCCCAGUCCUUUUCAUCCGCAUCCAGAGAAUCACCAGAGUUUGGCAAACCUGUUGCCUCCCAUUGGCCGAAAGAGGGAGAACCUAAAAGAAGGGAUGCUACCACAGCACUUGAUUUACCAGGCCGUGUGCCUGAAGCUCCUGUGGUGCUGGCAGCUCAAGGCAGAUGUAUCCAGUCCUUGAGAUGGAAACCUUCAACAUGCUGGGAAGCCCCAGGGACAGACUGGCCUGGGUGCCUGUCAAGAGUCAAGAACUGGAUGAUGAUCUCCAUCUCCCCCCCACUUUCUGGUGGCUACUGUAUUCCCUUCUACUGUUCCCCCACAGGCCAUGACUGAUGACAUUCUUGCUGCUGCCAAGUUUCACUAAAUAGUCUGUAUAUAUGAAUAUGUAUAUGUGAAUGUGUUUGUGUUGGGGAUGGUACCACCGAGGAGGAGCUUUACAGGGGUCCUGCUGUUUCUAUACAGGGAGGACCUUGGUCUACUCAGAUAAAUGAGUCUGAUGUCCCUUUCUCUUAGACCUCUUACUACAGGGAUACUUCUUGCCCAUGCCCAGGCAUGGACUAUGGUGUAAGGUCAGAGGUACUGACAUUGUACUGGACUCUAGGCCCAGUGGUGUCAGCCAGGAGAGGAACAGAACUAAGACCCUGCUUUGUGUUCCACUCCCAUGAUGGCUCUGAGUAGUCUGUGAACUUGUUUUCCCUGGCCCCUUGAUUACUUUUGUACCUCUGCCCUUGCUUCAAGAUAGGCUUGUGAAGCAAGACUGCUCUAUUUGCAGUCUGUAUUGCAGGCAGCAGAGCUUCAGUCAAUUCAGAGACUUAACCCGGAUGACCUUACAUUGCCAUAUGUGAUGAACUCUACAUAGCCAGCACUGUCUGCUCAGAGAUGCAGUUUCUGAUGUUGUCACAUGUUGUUGUCUCCCAAAGUUAAAAGAAAAUCCUUGAGUUCUAUACAUUGAACACUGCCUG